AAUAUACUAGGGCUGCUACUUCAGUUUUGAGAAAUGGCAACACUAUGUAGAAUAACAAUAAACUGUAAAAAUAGAAAAGAUCAAACACUAAUUUGCGACAAUUCUCAAUUUUUAUUAUGUUUUAAAAGUAAUAUAUCAUUGGUAUAACCGCAAAAGUUUUUUGGUUUAUAGCAAUAUUUAUUGUUUAAAAGCAUUUUGUUGGGAAAAUAUGUCUAAAUUUCGAGAGCUUAGAUGAAUUCGAUUUAAGCGCUUCAUGUUAGAGAAUCUCAUCACUACUUUUAUAAUUCACAGCACAAUAAUUUCGUCAGAAUCACACAUCACCAAUGUCAAUGUCAAUCAUACUGUCGAUUUCUUAAAACUGUAUUUUGUGUAUUGUACAAAAUGUUUAAAAAGGAUAUGAAUAAGUAUUUGUGUAAAUGUGAUCAUUUACAAAAAUUGGACUUUACACCAUAGCGGAAAUUCCACUAUUGUUUAUUUAAAUUGUGAAAUUACGUCAUUUAAUAUUGACACAAGUAUAUUGGGUCCAUAGACUACGUUGCUUAUCUCAUGAUUUGCUAUAUUUAUUUAGUUUAGUAGAUAUAAUUCAUACGUGCAAAUAAGUGAAUUCAAACAUACCUACUUUUUUUAAAAAUGAUACAACUAAAUUGGCCUGCCCUUGGAUUUACUAUUUUACCAAACAUUGGCGGUAUCGCCGGCGGUUUUUUUACAAAAAGUAGUAUCAAACCAUGGUUAGAGAAUUUAAAAAGACCAAACUGGAGACCUCCAAACUGGGUGUUUGGUCCUGUUUGGACAACCUUGUAUAGUGGAAUGGGAUACGCUUCAUAUUUGGUAUACAGAGAUGGAGGAGGCUUUAAUGGAGCAGCAAAGCUACCACUAAUAGUUUAUGGAACUAAUCUAGCAGCUAAUUGGGCUUGGGCACCAAUAUUCUUUGGUAAAAAAGACCUACAACUGGCACUUAUUGAAAUGCAACUUAUAAACGGUACUGCUAUUGGUAUGGCAUAUCUUUUCUAUAAAAUUAACGCAACUGCUGGUUACUUAAUUGUACCAUAUUGUCUUUGGAUGGGUAUUGCAACAGCUUUGAAUUAUUGCCUUUGGAGGGAUAACAAACCAACACCUGAACUGAAAGGAAACUAAGUGUUUAAUAAUUUUUGAUUUUCAUUGUUUUUUUAGACACCCUUAAUCCAUUUUACUUUAUAUUCAUUAAUAUACAAUUAUUUUAAUAAAAAGUCUAGUAUA